UUAGGGUUUCGAAAUCCAAAAUUGCUCUAAUUAUUGCGGAUUACGAUUUAAAAAAAAAAUUUCAAAUUGGUCCUUGAAUCGAAUUGAGCCUCUACUUGUUUAGAAGAAAUCAUCGAUAAUGCCGAAGAGAAAAGCGAAGGAGUGUGUCAAACUCACUGAAGAAGAUAAGAACGAUGACAACAAGCGAAUUCGAAGAGAAGACUUGGUCGACGAAGAAGUCGAAAGACAAAUCGCUGCGAUUAGGGCGAUUCGGGAUGUUGAGAUUGAACAGACUUUAACUGCGUUGAGGUUGCUCCGUUCGUAUUUUACCGAGGAACAGCUCGACACACCUGUGUUGGACUUCUUCAAAGAGAACCUUCCGGAUUUGACAAUAUCAAGAAACGAAGAAAGUGGGGAGAUUGAGUUGAAAUGGAAAGACGAAAACGGUGAUCCUUCGGAUGGCGUUGGCAUGAAUUAUUCUACACUUAAACGCUUGUCAAUGGGUUUCCCUGAUUUAUACAAUAGUAGUAGGCCUUCUCUUGGUGGCUAUGAUUUACCUGAUAACGUGAAAGCAAGCCUGUUAGGAACUGAUAACCCACAGCUCGAGAAUCUUGUCUUCCAGAGGACAUCUGACAACCAUAUGCUUGCAAGCCAUGCUGCUUUUCAGACUCCUGGGGUAAAUGGGCAGAGACUCUCUUUUGGAAUGACACCAAAGACUCGGAGGCUACCAAAACCUGGAGAAAUGAUGCUCUCUGUGCAUGGCUCUCCUUUGGGGGUCUACAAAGAAGACCACAACAUUGGAGCUAUAAAUGAGGAAAACAGUUGAAGAGCUACAUAGAUUCAGACACUUUUGGAUUGUGAUGGUUUACUCUUCUAGUCGUAGGAUCUACUCAGAUCCCAAAAAUUCUGUAUAUUUGUUAUGUGCGUUCUUACGGAUACUAUAGUAAUUUAAGUCUCUAGAACAACACAACAAUAAACAUGUUGUUUAUAAAUAGAUGAAACUUUCCAGUUACACUUUACCAACUAAUUACAAAGACAAGUGAAUAGUUCUUUCUUCUC